AUGGAUGUGAAAACUGCAUUUCUGAAUGGAUAUCUAAAAGAAGAGGUUUAUGUUGCCCAACCAAAAGGAUUUGAAGACCCCCAUUUUCCACAAAGUGUUUUUAAACUCAACAAAGCACUAUACGGUCUAAAACAAGCACCACGGGCUUGGUACGAACGCCUCACUGAUUUCCUAGUCAAAAAGGGUUACACAAGAGGCAGCGUGGACAAAACCCUAUUCGUCAAACAACUUGGUCAAAACAUAGUCAUUGCCCAAAUCUAUGUUGAUGACAUAGUAUUUGGCUCAACACUCGAGGACCACAAAGACCAAUUCAUCAUCAACAUGGAAGGAGAAUUUGAGAUGAGCAUGGUUGGGGAAUUAACCUACUUUCUUGGUCUACAAAUCAGACAACUAGACAAUGGAAUCUUUAUUUCUCAAAGCAAAUAUGCCAAAAAUUUAGUCAAGAGAUUCGGUCUAGAAGAAAGCAAAGUUGUCAGAACACCUGUUCCAACAACAGAGAGAAUAUCAAGGGAUACAGAGGAAAAACCGGUUGAACAAACCCUGUAUCGAAGCAUGAUAGGAGGGUUACUGUAUCUAACCGCUAGCAGACCAGAUCUAAGCUUUGCAGUAGGAAUUUGUGCAAGAUACCAAGCAAAUCCAACCGAGCAACAUUUAAAAGCGGUCAAAAGAAUCAUUAAAUACGUAAAAGGGACAUCUGAUCUAGGAAUAUGGUAUUCAUUUGACACCAAUCAUCAUCUCUCAGCUUAUUGUGAUGCUGAUUGGGCAGCAAGAAACAAAGCUCUAUUUCCCUAUCAACAGCAGAGGCCGAAUAUAUUGCAGCAGGAAGCUGUUGCACACAACUACUUUGGAUGA